AUGGCACUCAUGUUUAUAUCGAUGCUCAGCGCCUUUCCUUGGGCCACGUGGAUUUUUGUCGCUCUAGAGAACAGUUACGAUACCGCUCGCGGGGAGUGGAAGGUCACCACAGAUACAUUGAUUCGCUCACAAGCCUUGUGGUUCACCAUGUGCAUCACUUUGUGCAUCAUCAUUCCUUGGGCUACUGUCCGCAGAGUACCGGUGGAAGUGCAGAUUCCAUCCUCAAAAGUGGCAAUCCUCUGCUUCGAGGGUGGGAUUGAACAAGGCCAUCUCGGCAGAAUCGGUCGCACCUCUCUUAUGGAGUAUCAUGCUUUUGGGAUCAUCAGUGAGGGAAAGAAAUCCGCACAUCACUACAUGGUUUGUGGUGUGCAGGGCGACUUCACCCAGAGUCUUGUUCGAGACCCGCCUAAGGCCUUGUGGACGCGACAGUUCAAGUUUGCGGGGGUUGGCCAUGCAUCCGCAAUGUUCAAGCGGGGGAUUCGCGUCUGCACGGGAACAGGAAUCGGCGCGGCACUUUCGACUUGCAUCCAGAGUGAUAAUUGGUUUCUCAUUUGGAUCGGGUCCGAUCAAGAGAAGACGUUUGGGCCGAUCAUCAAAGACCUGAUACAUCGGAACAUCCCGGCAUCAAGAAUGAUCCUCUGGGACACCAAGCAACGAGGUGGCAGACCAGACACCUUGCAGCUCUUGAAAGAUACGUGGCAAAGUUUUGAAGCCGAAGUUGUGUUCAUAACGUCCAACAAGCGGGGCAACGACGAGUUGAUGCAAGGUUGCUACGAAGCCGGUAUCCAUGCUUUCGGUACCCUAUGGGACUUUUAA